AUGUCUCCAAUGGACACUAACCAAACUCCCACUCCCCAUUCCGUCCAUAUCACCACCGAUCAAGUCCAACAGCUUUUGGACAUGCUGAACAAGGUACAGCGACUGUCCACUCCUAGUACAGAAGCCAUGCCACCCGGAGAUGACGAACAAAAACAAGGAGACGGGUAUCAGCCCAAACUAAGAGCGUCGAAAGUUGACAUAACCAGGGUCUAUGAAUUCUGGAACAAGUCCACCUACAAAUAUGAGAUUAAGAAGUCAUUUGACACAGUCUUGGAGGAGGGCGAUGAAUACACAGAGUAUAUCGCCGUCUUUCGACAGAAGUUUGACAGCGAAGAUACCCUUUUAGACAGCUUUAUCGAUGUCAAAUCUACAACCUUGAGAGAUAUUCUACGAGACGUUUUGGAUGGGGUCACCUGUGUCAGCUUACGAGAAGACAAACCAUCGAUCAACCCUGACGUCUUGUUCACCUAUGAAACUCAACUCGAGGCGUUCCAGACGACCACCACACCGGGAUCUCCUGAGAGACUCCAUUUGAGCAAAUUGAUUGAGUUCCUGAAGACUCACUACGCAUCGACAAGGGACAAACUAACUGCUCUCGUUCAACACAAGGAGAUUACAUUCAAUCUGCUCCCCGUCUUUUUCCGGCCAAACUGCGUUAUAUACGUGAUCCCCUCAACGUCCGAGAACUCAAGAUGCGUCAUUUUCAAUUCUGGAAAAUUCCAAAUCGACCACGGCAAGAAACACUUUGAGAUGAUUUGUCGAUAUCUUACUCAUGACGGAAAGCGUUUUGGCGAAGCAACGAUUCCGUUGAAAAUUCCCGAGUUCGACGGCAUCAAGAAGAUAACUUUACUGGGAGCCUAUCCCCUUGAGUAUCACCCUCAGAAGCAGGACGUUGUUGAACAACUAACUGAGCGCGGAAGAAAGUUCUGCUCCCUUAUUGGUACUCACUUCCGUCAGUAUGAGGGACAGGCUUUCUAUAUGGACAAGAAAGAAGUGAAGAAGUUCUCCGUGAGCGGGCGGGUCAUGGUUGAUGCUGUCUCAUUUAGGAAGAAGAACCCAAAUUAUUCCUUUCCCCGCCUUGAUGUCAAAUCCUCCAAAGGUCGUCAAUGGCUCUGGGACAGUGAUUCUGAAGAUGAUUCCGCAGACGAUUCUUCCGAAACUAGUCGCGAGGUAAAGGAUCAAAAGAUUCCUUGCUCGGUGGAAGAUUUGUUGGUUUGCAGCGAGACUGUAUAUGCUUUUUCUUUUCAGAGAAAACGGUGGGGCGAACUCUGCGUGGACGACAUUGAGGAAAUUGACUGGGAUUGCUCUGCGUUUGAUACCCUUGUGAUCCCGACUGGUCAAAAGGAGAUUAUCCAAUCACUCGUUGAACGUCAUACAAACGGGUCAGACGAUGAAAAGUUUGACGACAUUAUACAAGGAAAAGGACAAAACAUAGUCCUCCUUUUGCACGGCCCUCCUGGCGUUGGAAAGACUUUGACGGCGGAAGGACUAGCAGAGAAGAGGAAGCUACCUCUCUACAGUGUGUACGCCGGAGAUCUAGGCACAAAUGCAGAACGUCUAGAAGAAAAUCUACUGGAAAUCACGUCGCUCGCCCAUAAAUGGAGGGCUAUCAUUCUGAUUGACGAGUCCGACGUGUAUCUUGCCGAGCGCUCUCUGCAGGACGUCCAAUGGAACGCCCUAGUAUCAGUCUUCCUCCGCCACCUGGAGUACUUCCAAGGCAUCAUGUUUCUCACGACCAAUCGAGUAGCGACAUUUGACGCGGCAUUCCAAAGCAGAAUCCAUUUUUCGAUCAGAUUCGGCGAUCUAGGCAGAGAUGUGAAGAAAAAUAUCUGGAAAACUUUCUUGGGUAAGGUGAAGGUGGAGGUGAACAUAUCAGAAAAGGAGAUAGAUAGUUUAAGUGACAAAACGAUCAACGGAAGGCAGAUCAAGAACUUUGCACGGACAGGCAUGGAAUUUGCUUUGUGGAAAAACGAACCUCUUUCGAUCAAACACCUGGAAAUCGCCAUCGAAGCUGGUGAAGCGUUUGAGGUUGACCACAAGGGGUAUGGUCCCAUUGAGAGCCUGAGAAAUUAUAUGUAG